CGAAAUAUUGAGUUCGGCGGGUCAUCUUUGGGGGAAUUUGGGACUCGGGCUCGUUCUCGCGGAGUGAUCCCCCUCCCUCCCUUCCUCCCUCAUACACAACCGAUCUUGGUCACCGGCAUCACAGAAACCGACGACGACGACAAAAUGACUCGAUCCGAGGUUGCAGAACGAAAGGGCCACAAACACCGCAGACACCAUCACAAUGGUUACAGCAAUUCAAGUGACCUAAGCGAUGCCGACACUGGAAGCCAGUCCAGUAAGCGGGAUUCCAAGAAGCGCAGAGGCGGCGACGAUGAUGCCAAAGUCAACGGCCAUGUCUCCAAGAAGAUGCGCCGUGCGAGUCUGAGCCAGCCGGCGCGCGACCCUCGCGACACAACCACCGCCAAACCGUCUAAGAAGAAGUCCAAGACCAAGAAUGAAGGGACAGUGACCAGAUCGCCGAGCCCUGUGAUUGACUUUGAUGGCCUGAGCCGCCCAAGUCUCGGAACCCGCGAGCGACUCGAAGAAUCCCCCGAGCAAGCCGCCAUUCGUCUCGAAAAACUCCAAGGCGCUGUCCGCACGAUUCUUGAAUGCGUCGGCGAAGACCCCGACCGCCCGGGCGUUCUUGACACCCCGAGACGCUAUGCCAAGGCCAUGCUCUUCCUGACCCGCGGCUACCAGCAGAAUGUGAAGGACAUUGUCAACAACGCCAUCUUCCAGGAGGGCCACAACGAGAUGGUUGUUGUCAAGGACAUUGAGAUUUACAGCAUGUGCGAGCACCACCUCGUGCCCUUCACCGGCAAGAUGCACAUUGCCUAUAUCCCGAAGAAUCAGGUCAUUGGCCUCUCCAAGCUGCCGCGUAUCGCUGAGAUGUUUAGCAGACGAUUCCAGAUCCAGGAGCGGCUGACCAAGGAGGUGGCCUACGCCAUCAUGGAGAUCCUCAAGCCGCAGGGUGUGGCUGUCGUCAUGGAGUCCAGCCAUCUAUGCAUGGUCAUGCGCGGUGUGCAAAAGACGACGGCGAGCACAAUCACCAGCUGCGUGCUGGGUGCUUUCGAAAAGAAGGAGAAGACUCGCAACGAAUUCCUCAGCUUGGUGGGAUUGAAGAAGUAGGCGAGGCGUGGCUGUGGCGGUAUUAUGUUCCAUUUAAUCUUCUAUACACGGCGUUUGGUUUGCACGGGCACACACUGGAAAGACCAUGUUUUCAACACUGGGUCAACAAGUAUUUGGCGAUUUUGGGAGGGUAGAUUUCACGAAAAGGGAG